AUCGCCGGACUAUAAACUAGCCACAGGGCAGUGCCUACCUACCUGCCAAGUCUUUUCUUGGUGCAUACCUAGCCGUCGGGCGAGCAUCUGCAGUAUAUAUUAGUUCGGUGCGGCUGAAACUUGGCAACGGGUUUGCGCGGGACUUGUGGGUUAUUUAAUACAUCAGCUAUCGCCUGAAUAUUACUUAUUAAUUAUGUGUAUUAUGCUGUUACGAGACUUGAAGCAGCCACGAAUCAAACCAAUCGCUACCUACCUAGAUACCUAGGUAAGGUUAGGUAGUCAUUAUUAAGGAGUUCUAAAUCAGUAUAUCCAAAAUCCACAACGAUGGAGAAUCUCUCCAACUCAAUAAAAGACCUCACGAAAGGCGUAUCCUUAGCUGUGGAUACUGCCGCUUGGAUGGGCAACUCCAUAUCACGGCGUAUAAAUGGGCGAAGACACGGCGUCUGUGCUGUCUGCAACAACCUCCAGCCAUACAACCAUGAAGAGACAUUUGGCAAUGCCGUUUCCUCUUGGAAGCAGAUCAGUGAUCCAGAGCGGGCUGCUCGGAAACUAGAACUCGGCGUUAUCCCAACGUUAGUCCUAGAAAAAGUCUCGACGAAGAAGAUUCUCGAGAGCCGCGAGAUCAACCCCCAGACGAAUCUGCCGAAGAACGACUGCAAGUACUGCCGGCUCCUGUGUGAUAUCUUCGACGCCUACUUCAUCGACAAGUGGAUGAGUUGGAUUACGGAAACCAAGAAUGCCAUGCCGAUACAGGUCGGCCUUAUGAUCAAAGAGGGGCAGCCGUUGAUAGUCAAUUGCUGGAACUUCACCUACGACAAAUGGUUCCAGAACCCGCGUGUAGAUCUGGAGCUCUACAUGGAUCCCAUGCCCCUGGCUCCUAUACCGGGUGCGCCCACCAUGGGACCUGUAGGCCCUCGAGCGACGGACUCCCGCUCUAAGGAGUGCACGACAUUUAUAAAGGAGAGUAUUGAGGAGUGCUGUAGGUACCAUCCCGGAUGUACCAAGGAUCCUAGCGAUUUCGUGCCAACGAGGCUGAUUUUUCUCGGAGAGGGUAAGGACGCGCUUCGGCUAUGCGACGGCAUCCCCUCUGGGCAAGGCGUUUCGUGGGCAGCUCUCAGCCACUGUUGGGGCGGCGGCAAGCCCCUAUCCCUGAAGAAGGCGACGUUGGAUAAACUUAAAGAGCACAUCGAGUUCUCGGAACUUCCGGCUACCUUCCAAGAUGCAGUUACUAUAUCACAGGAGAUUGGUAUGGCGUACGUGUGGAUUGAUUCCCUUUGCAUUGUCCAGGAUGACAAGACAGACUGGGAAAAGGAAGCGGCUCGUAUGGGCGCAGUUUACAGCCAGGCAUUCAUUGUCAUCAGCGGUGCAUCAUCGCCGAACCCCAGUACGCCAUAUUUACGGCCUCGAGGGGACGACUGGCUUCCCAAGCGUUUCGACUUUCCUAUAUCCCCUGGCGUUACUAUACCGAUCAUGGCCCGCCAACGAUCUCUCCUGGCAGCGCCACUUGACCAAGGCCUCCUCGAACCUCCAUUCACGGGUUCAUGGGCCACGCUGAAGAAAGUCGGGCCACUCUAUGGACGCGGCUGGUGCUUCCAAGAAUCAUUCCUCGCGCCCCGGAUCCUCAACUUCGCUCCGGGCGCCAUCAUCUACGAAUGCAAGACGUACAGGAAGAGCGAGGACCAGCUACCUCCCUACCCGAUCACGGCCCCUGGAACGUUGGGCGAGGUCACCCCCAUGGAACAAUGGCACAUGAUCGUGAAGUCGUACACCUCACGCCAGCUGACAUUUACCGGCGACAAGCUUCCCGCGAUUGCCGGUGCCGCGACCAUCAUGCCGCAGAUACAGACCAGCAAGUACCUCGCUGGCUUGUGGAGCGAGACCCUACUCCUGGACCUCCUUUGGCAAGUGAUGCCGGGCCGAGCACACACGCCGCUGAUGACCAAGGAACACGAAGAGAAUGCGCCGACGUGGUCGUGGGCCUCCAUGAACUGGGGCGUGACCUGGAACUCGCUGAAAGCGGCAGAGCUACUAGCCACUGUAGUCGACGCCCAGACGACCGUGGUCGGGGCCAAUCCGUACGGACAAGUCUCGGGGGGUACGGUGACGCUCCGCGGCCGUCUGAAGUAUUGUCGGCUCUCCGCCAACUACCACAAGAACCAGCACUGGGUGUACUACAAAAAGCCAGACGGGUCCUACAGUAAGAAGCAGCAUUUCCGGACCGACGGCGCGCUGGUGCCUGGGACGGUCCCAGGGCAGACUGAGACCAUCGCUUGUCGGUCGCGGUUAACUGUAUCCGGUAGCGCGAUGGAGACGUCGGCGGCCUUUUUCUGCAUCGCAAAGGGGCCUUGGCUCAAAUACGAUCACGUAGGAUUGAUACUGGGCAGGUCGCCCAAGUCCCCUGGAUAUAUGGAGCGGGUCGGUAGCAUAUCCAAUGUGCCAAAAGACUGGUAUGAUGUCGGCGAAGAGACCACGGUGACGAUUGUGUGAAUAUUACAUGUUGAAACAAAGCUAUAGGUC